AUGAAUCCUCCCCCGCUCUUCCGCGUACGUCGACGCCUCGGCGACGCGCUCUACGGUGAGGUGCUCGAGUGCGAGCUUCCCGGCGACGACGAACCGGUCGCGGUCAAGUGCAUCUCGCUCACGCGAGCGGCCGAAGCCCGCGUCCGAGCGCGUGCGACGCGGGAGAUCGACAACCCACUGCAGGAGCAGCGCGUGGCGGAGCUCAUCAUGGCCAACGGGGGCCACCGCAACGUGGUGCAGCCGCUCUUCCACUUCACUCACGACAGGAGACUCUACCUCGUCAACGAACUCUGCGGAGACGGCGAUCUGCACUCACUCGUGGCGGCAAGGAUGAGCGUAUCGUCCCUCCUGGAAGAACAUGAGGUGCUGCCGUUGAUGCGCCAAGUACUGGAAGGCGUCAACUACCUGCACUCGACACUCGGCGUCGCGCAUCGGGACCUGUCGCUCGAGAACGUGCUGCUGAGUCGCGGGGCCUGCAAGAUCACGGAUUUCGGGCUGUCGACGAGCGCUCGAUCGAUGUGCGAGGCUGGCCAAGUGGGCAAGGAGUACUACAUGGCGCCGGAGAUCGUCGCGGGGGAGCGGUACGACCCCACCUUGGCCGACGUGUGGUCGCUGGGGAUCAUGUGGUUCAUCAUGCUGACGGGAUCGCCGCUGCUUCUCCGUCCGAAAGUGCGUUUGGAGCUGUUGUCACCCACGGCGUCGGUGCUGUGA